AUGGUGCUUGAUCCUGAAAACAAUCAGGUGGUCGGAUUUAUUAGUGAGCGCAUAAUUUCACUGAAGUCCACACCCCUCGAUAUGUGCCUAGAUUGUCGAUCUGAUAAACUAAUUAUCUCGAGCGACAAGCAAUGCUGGGUCUAUAGGGUUUCAGCGGGUGAUUUGGUAUGCUCAUACAAAACAGGUGAUAAUGGAUAUUAUGGAAUAAGUGCUAGUGGUGGCAACGUUGAUGCUGUUAAUCUUGGAACGAUCAGUUUAGGCUUUCUGAGUGAUAAAAUAUAUCUGGCCGGUAUGGGAAGUGAUAAAAGUGUACGACUCUACGAACAUCCAACAGGCACCGUCAUUGGCUCAGGUUGGGGACACUCUGAAGGGAUAUCUGGUCUUACGUGGGUAUAUACAGGGGAUGGGGCUACCAUGCUAGCUAGUAGUGGGAAUGAUGGUACAAUAUUUUUAUGGGAUAUCACCGUUGAUGCCCAUACAAGCUCAACAACAUCAUUACCUACUCCUGGGUCGCCAAAUAGAGUAUCUCCGACUCGGAAAAUUCUCUCUAAAGCUGAAUUAUCCAAGUUUAUACCUAACCACCAGAUAAUGAGAGCGACCAAGAGCCCUUCACCAGGCAGAAAAUCCAUUGUUUCAUCUUUAUCUGCACGAAAUCCUAGUCCAAUAAGCAACCAGUCAUCAGGCUCAUCAACUGCUAUCCUACCAGCUAAAACACCAACAAAGACACUAUCAGCCUCAAGGAUGACAGGAUCUUCGGUAACCCAAAACUUGUCCAAUACAACUAGUGAUUCAAAUUCGGCUGGCUCUCCAAUAAGAUCAGGUGCCAGAUAUGGGAACUCUUUCCCUCCAACGAAACAGAAUGUAUUUCCUCCAAUAAAACAGCGAGAAGCAAUUGGCAGCAGACUCAGACAGAGCAUGGUACCUAGAGUAUCAACCAAUCUGGGUCCUGGCCGGCGAACACUGUCGUCUUCCAAGUCUGUUCCCAUGCUUGCUCCGAAGAAGGAGAAACCUUCGAUUCCUAUAGAGAAGUCUGCUGUACCAGAUGAAUCUAUUCAAGAUUUAAGGAAGACUUUAUCUUCUUUUCGGAGUAGGUAUACACGAGAUGUUAUCAAUUAUGAAAAACAGAACAAGUCACAGUUACGGCUUUUAUGCCAAGAAUUGAAAGACACUCUAACAUUGAUUGAUCCGUCAUCUGACAGAAGCACGACAGGUUCUGGCCCAAAUAAAGCACUACCAAGGAGCCGCUCGUCUACCAUGUCUCUCUCGACAUCAGUAUCUUCUUCCUCGUUGGCGUCUAUCAAGGAUAAUACUUUGCCAGAUAUGCAAGAAAUUUUACAGCAGUUUGGUGAUCGAUUAAUAUCACUCGUAGAUAGCAAAUUGGGGAAUGUUCCAAAUCCUUCAAAUAGUAACUCUUUGGACCCUGAUUUUUUUCAGCUUGCUGAUUCUCUGAAGAGAACAGAAAUAUCCACGACCGCUUCCGAACAUAAUAAUGUAUGA